UUACCCGACCCCAUUUUAUCCGAGGCCGCACUUCCGGUGGCGGCGGCGGGAAGAGGAGCGCAGGAGGGCUUCUAGGCCUCGGGCGAAGGGAAUCCGGCGGGAAUCGGAGCCAUCAGAACCGCCACCAUGACCGUGGGCAAGAGCAGCAAGAUGCUGCAGCACAUCGACUACAGGAUGAGGUGCAUCCUGCAAGACGGCCGCAUCUUCAUCGGCACCUUCAAGGCUUUUGACAAGCAUAUGAAUUUGAUCCUCUGUGACUGUGACGAGUUCAGGAAGAUCAAGCCAAAGAACUCGAAACAGGCAGAAAGAGAAGAGAAGCGAGUCCUUGGUCUGGUGCUGCUUCGGGGGGAGAACCUGGUCUCAAUGACAGUGGAGGGACCUCCUCCCAAAGAUACUGGCAUUGCCCGAGUGCCGCUUGCUGGAGCUGCUGGAGGCCCAGGGAUUGGCAGGGCUGCUGGCAGAGGAAUCCCAGCGGGUGUUCCGAUGCCCCAGGCUCCUGCGGGACUUGCAGGGCCAGUCCGAGGCGUUGGUGGGCCGUCUCAACAGGUGAUGACCCCACAAGGAAGAGGCACUGUGGCUGCCGCUGCAGCUGCUGCCACCGCCAGCAUUGCGGGGGCCCCGACCCAGUACCCGCCCGGCCGUGGGGGUCCUCCCCCACCUAUGGGCCGGGGGGCACCGCCUCCAGGCAUGAUGGGCCCACCACCAGGCAUGAGGCCUCCCAUGGGUCCCCCAAUGGGGAUCCCGCCUGGACGAGGAACUCCGAUGGGCAUGCCGCCGCCGGGGAUGCGGCCCCCUCCCCCAGGCAUGCGAGGCCUUCUUUGACCCUUGGCCACAGAGUCAUGGAAGUAGCUCCACAGAGAUGCGGGCCCUACUACCACAGACCUGUUUGUUUGCUAUGCCGUU